AUGAGUACUCCAUUUGGUUUGGAUCUAGGUAACAACAACUCUGUGUUGGCAGUUGCAAGAAAUAGAGGUAUUGACAUUGUGGUCAAUGAGGUUUCGAACCGUUCGACCCCCUCUUUGGUUGGGUUUGGUCCUAAGAACAGAUUUCUUGGUGAAGCCGGUAAGACCAAGCAGGCAUCGAAUGUGAAAAACACUGUGGAAAACUUGAAGAGAAUUGUUGGUUUGGGAUACUCUGACAGGGACUUCGAAGAGGAAUCUAAGUACUUUACCACCAAAUUGGUUAAGUUGGAGGACGGCAAGGUUGGUGCCGAGGUGAAACUUGCUGGUGAGACGAAGGUGUUCUCCGGUACCCAACUUGCUGCUAUGUUCAUCGACAAGGUGAAGAAUACUGUUAAGGAGGAGAUUAAGGCUCCGAUCACCGAUGUGUGCCUUGCUGUUCCUACUUGGUACACCGAGGAGCAACGCUACAACAUUGCAGAUGCGGCCAGAAUUGCCGGGUUGAACCCAGUGAGAAUCGUCAACGAUGUCACCGCAGCUGCCGUCUCUUAUGGUGUGUUCAAGACCGACUUGCCAGAGGGCGAUGAGAAACCAAGAUACGUCGCUUUCGUCGAUAUCGGUCACUCCACUUACACUUGCUCCAUCAUCGCGUUCAAGAAAGGCGAGGCCAAGGUCUUGGGUACCGCUUACGACAAACACUUUGGUGGUAGAAACUUUGACCGCGCUAUCACUGAGCACUUUGCUGCCGAGUUCAAGACGAAGUACAAGAUCGACAUUCACGAGAACGCCAAGGCCUACAACAGAGUCUUGACGGCUGCUGAGAAACUGAAGAAAGUGCUAUCUGCAAACACUGCCGCUCCAUUCUCUGUCGAAUCUGUCAUGAACGACAUUGACUGCUCUUCUCAAUUAACCCGUGAGGAGUUGGAAGAGUUGGUCGCCCCACUCUUGGAGCGUGUCACAGAGCCAGUCACCAAAGCUCUAGCACAAGCUAAGUUGACUGCCGAAGAGGUCGAUUUUGUCGAAAUCAUUGGUGGUACUACCCGUAUCCCAACUUUGAAGAACUCCAUCUCCAAGGCAUUCGGUAAGCCAUUGUCUACUACUAUGAACCAGGAUGAAACUAUUGCUAAAGGUGCCGCUUUCAUCUGUGCUAUCCACUCCCCAACUUUGAGAGUUAGACCAUUCAAGUUCGAAGAUAUUCACCCAUACUCCGUUUCAUACUAUUGGGAUAAGCAGGUUGAAGAUGAAGACCAUUUGGAAGUUUUCCCAGCUGGCUCUGCCUUCCCAUCUACUAAGCUAAUUACGUUGCAUCGUACCGGUGACUUUGUUAUGGAAGCUAAGUACACUAACAAGGAUGAGCUACCAGAAAACACUCCCGUCCACAUCGCCAAAUGGGAGAUUUCCGGUGUCCAAGUACCUGAAGGUGAGACUUCUGUUCCAGUUAAAUUGAAGCUAAGAUGCGAUCCUUCCGGUUUGCACACUGUUGAAGACGCUUAUACUUUGGAGGACAUCACCGUUAAGGAAGAGAUUCCUUUGCCAGAGGAUGCGCCAGAGGAUGCUGAACCAGAAUACAAGGAAGUUACCAAGACUGUCAAGAAGGACACUCUAACCAUUACCCCUCACACUUUUGCUUUGAGCACCAAGGAAUUGAACGCUUUGAUCGAGCAAGAGAACGAGAUGUAUGCACAAGAUAAGUUGGUUGCUGAAACAGAAGACCGUAAGAAUGCUUUGGAAGAAUACAUUUACAAUUUGCGUGGUAAACUUGACGAAGAAUACGCUGAAUUUGCUUCCGAUGCUGAAAAGACCAAGCUUCAAGACUUGUUGGCUAAAGCUGAGGACUGGCUAUACGACGAAGGUUAUGACUCCACUAAGGGUAAAUACAUUGCCAAGUACGAAGAACUCGCAUCUCUAGGUAACAUUAUCAGAGGCAGAUACCUCGCCAAGGAGGAAGAGAAAAAGCAAGCUGCAAGAGCUAAGAACGAGGCCGCUAAGAUGGCUGAAUUGUCUGAAAAGCUUGCGGCUCAAAGAAAAGCCGAAGCCGAAUCUAAGAAGAAUGAAUCUAAGGAGGAUGCCGAAGGCGAUGUCGAAUUGGAUUAG